AGAGAGGCAGACUCCGACACCUAGGCAGGGACAGUUAGUGCGCAGCGGGGACAGCGGCUCUCCAUGGGGAGGUCUCUGUGAGCAGCAGCUACCUGUUGGAGCUCAGUGCGGGAGACCGAGAGCCGUGGCCGGACCCACGCUGAUCGUGGAAGCCCGACUGCACUGGAGAAGGGGAAGGACUCACAGCCUAAACAUGUCUCCGAGACUAUUAUUCUGCGCUGUUUUAUGCGUGUACCAGGGGACGCGAACCUGCAGCGGAUUUAAUAUCGAUGAACGCUUCCCGGUGAUCAAAGAGGGGAAAACCAAAGGGAGCCUGUUUGGAUUCUCUGUGGCUCUGCAUCAGCAGACGGAGGGCUCCAAUAAAUACCUACUUCUUGCAGGAGCACCCAAAGAGAAAGCCCGAUCUCUUAAAAAUGUCAACGAAACAGGUGCCGUCUACUCCUGUCCCGUUACCACAGACUCCACAGACUGCUCCAGAAUGGACCUGGUCAGCACAACAAAUCCGUCCGAGAUGGUGGAGGGCAUGUGGUUGGGCGUGACGGUGGCCAGCCAGAGGGGUCAGCUGGCAGGACGUGUGCUGGCAUGCGGGCAUCGCUAUGUGAAGAUCAUGCAAGGCGGCACAGAGGAGCAGCGGCGGAUGAUAGGAAAAUGCUUCGUGAGGAGCAACGACCUGACCUAUGACUCCAACGAUGAGUGGCAGACUCACAGUUACGAGUUCUGCAACCCCGGCCUCGACAUGGAUUUUGAGGGCAUGUGCAACAUGGGCAUCUCAGGCGGCAUGACGGAAACUGAUGUGUACGUGGGCGCGACGGGCAGCUACAUAUGGCAAGGAAACGUUCACGUAACAUGGAGAAACCCAGAUCCAGGCUAUGAAUGGGACAGUGCCGACAAAGACUUUGGACAGCUGAAAAAACGAUACAGUUAUAUGGGUUACUCAGUUCUUGAAGAGCAGAAGCUACUGAGUCUUGAUGACUACACAGUGGUGACAGGAGCUCCCAGGUACGAGUCCAAGGGGUCCGUGAUGUUCGGGAGGAAGGCCGUGACCAACAUCGAGCUAGUGCAAAUCCUCCCCGGCGAACAAGUGGGCUCUUACUUCGGAAACAGCCUGGCAGUCACCGACCUCAACAAUGACGAUUGGAAUGACCUGAUCGUGGGUGCACCGUUUUACUUUGACCGUAUGAAGGAUCAGGGAGGAGCCGUGUACAUUUUCAUGAAUGAGAAUGGAUCUUUCCAGAAUCAGUCCACAGUGGUGCUGAAGGGUCCGUCUGGCUCUGGGUUCGGCAUUGCAGUGGCUGCCAUCGGGGAUGUCAACCAAGAUGGAUUCCAAGACUUUGCAGUGGGAGCACCAUUCCACGACACAGGAAAGGUCUACAUAUGGAUGGGAAGUAAAAAAGGAAUCUCUAUGGAGCCCAGUCAGGUGAUUGAGGGUAAGUCACUGGGAUUCCAGACCUUCGGCUACUCUAUCAAUGGAGGGAUGGACAUGGACGACAACAGUUACCCCGACAUGUUAGUUGGCUCUCUGGACAACCGCAUCGCCCUGCUCAGAGCUCGGCCAGUCGUCCACCUAACUAAAGACUUUAAGGUGAAGCCCAAAAUUGUGGAUCCUAAUAAGUGUCCUGGGAAUACACCAUGCAUCACAGCUACUCUGUGUAUGUCCUUUACUCUGAGCAAUGGAAACAAAGCGUUCAAGAAAGACAUAACGGUGAAGUACACGGUGGAGGCCGACAUGGAGAGAAGAAGAAGCCCUCGUGUUCGUUUCCAGGAUAAUAAUGAUGACACAUACACUGGCCUCCUGAGCCUUUCGUCUUCGUCUUCUAAACCCAAGUGUCAUGAUAUAAAACUGUUUGUAGUGGCGCCUGUGAGGGAUAAGCUGGAACCGGUGGUCUUUUCCCUCAACAUGUCGUUACAAGAACAAAAACCUAAAUCCAGACGCUCACUGCAGAACUUGGACUCCUUCCCAAUUCUUAGCCAGGAACAGAAGCUCACCCAAAGGACUGAGAUUAACUUUCAGAAGGAGUGUGGCUCAGACAACAAGUGUAGCAGUAACCUGCAGCUGACAGCCCAGUUUGUUGACAAUAAAGAAAAGCCGUAUCCCAGGAAAGACAAUUUCCAGGUGCUGCAGUUCAACAGCAAUAUGAAGAUAGUAACGCUGCUGGUGGAGGUGACCAACUUUCCUUCUGCUGGGAAGCUGGCCGAGGACGCCCACCAGGCGGAGCUCAACGUCACCGUCCCUGAUGCACUGAAAUACUCUGCUGUCAGAUCUGAGGACCGUAAUGUGCAAUGCACUUUAGACGUUACACUCAUUUGUGACCUGGGGAAUCCACUCAAAGGCAACGGAAAGGUGUCUCUGCAGCUCAAGUUUGAGACAUCAGGCAUCAACCUGUACACAGAAGUGAUCGAGUCUCAGUUACUUCUGUCAACUCUUAGUGAGCAGAGUGACCUGCAGCCUGUCCCUGUGGCCAUGCUCAUUGAAAACACCAUCCUUCCCACCUUCUCCAUAACGAAACCAUUGGUGCAAACCAAAUUUGGUGGCACAGUGAUGGGCGAGUCAGCCAUGGUCAACACCAGUGACGUGGGCAGUCUGGUGGAGUUCACCUUCAACGUGAACAUGAAUGGACAGCCGCUCGGAGACAUGGGGACACUGGCUGUGGAGUUUGAGUGGCCCUUUGAGGUCGCCAAUGGCAAGUGGUUGCUGUACCUGACAAAGAUUGUCGUUAGGGGGCAAUCAGAAAUGGAAUGUAACCCUGCUGGAGAAGUUGUCAACGAGCUUAACCUAACUCUGUCAGAGAGUCCACCUAAGCGUACUAAACGGCAGAUUGUAGUGGAUGAUCCAGAUGAUCCGACCCGGCCACAUAUUAUUGAGCCACAGGCAGCAAUCACACUACUCACUCCUCGCAAAGACUCCUACCUGUUGGAAUGCUCCAAGGGGACGGCAAAAUGCGUGACGUUCACCUGUCCGAUUCUCAACAUGACCAAUUCAGCCAAGAUAUAUGUCCAGUCGCGGUUGUGGAACAGUACAAUGUUGGAGGACUAUGCGAAUGCUCUGAGAGUUAUAGUCAAAGGUCAAGCCACACUGAAGCUCAUUACAGAUAAACCAACGUUAAAGAUGGACAGACAGACCACCACGUUCACAGUAGAAAUAGAACCAGUGGAGGGGGUGGAGAUACCCUAUGAGCUCCCCCUGUGGAUCAUCAUCUCUGCAGCUGUAGCAGGAAUUCUACUGUUAGGAAUAAUCAUUCUUAUAUUAUGGAAGCUUGGAUUCUUCAAGCGAGCCAUCUACUACCGGAUAAUGCCAAAGCACCAGGGGGUGAAAAUUCGCAGGGCUGAGCGCUAUCAGUUUAAUCUGGGAUUUCAGCCUGAGGAGCCACAGAAAAAGUAUUGGAUCACCAACUGGACAGAGAUGCAGCAUUACUACUACUGAGGCCUUUGCUUUGAACCCUGAAACCACUCACUGCCACUCUAGUUCGACACGGGCCAAACCAAGGACACUGGGCUUCAUCGAGCCACAUGGACUUUGCAGGGCAUAGACCAACUGCGCUUAGUGCAUUGAAAUUUUGUUAUUAUUUUUCAAAUUUUUAGUAGAUUUCUUCAACUUUUUUGCGUGCAAUAUACUGAACAUUUUGUUUCAGAGAUUGUAAUUUGUUAAGUAUUUUUCAUGAAUGCAAUGUUGUACAUUGGAAUCUGGGUUGCAUUCAAGAGUAAAUUGUAAAUUUUUUUGAUUCUGUUGUAACGUACGUUGUGCCUGCAUGUAUGUUUUCAUUUCUUUUCAUUUUAUUCCUUUCUGUGAGCCCUCUGAGAAAAAUUGCAGGUCAUUUGUCAUGUUUAUUUCCACCAUGCCUGUUUUUUUUGCUUGUUUUUUUUCUAAUCAGGAGAGCAAGUCUUUCAAUUUUCUGUGAUUAUAUGACCUUCCCGUUCUGUCCCCAGGCAUCACUUUGUGCUCAGUGGUUGUUGGCUCUGUAACCGUGAGUUGUUUUCGGACUGCACUUAGAAUAUGUUGGCCAGCAUCCACUCAGUUAUGAGUGACUUCAUGUGAAUGUGUCAGUGUUGAGCAAGUACUACAUCGACUUGUAUCUCAAAUUCAGUUACAGCUGUGGCACUGGCAUAUUUUUCACGUUAGGGAGAAGCAUUAUUUCCUUGCUCUGGGAAAUCAUGCUUUUCAUUGUUAGUAAUAUAUUUACUAGCCCCAGUGGACAUGCUGUAAUAGCACACAUUAAAUUCCACAACAAAGCCUUGCAACAAGUUAAAAAGCAAAAGCUUCAGGUCUUUAUGUAGAAUUAGCCAUGUGACUACACUUGAUUAUUAUUUAUUAUUAACAUCUUGGGCAAAAACAUUAAAGAAUCUAUGUUGAUACCUUGAGAAUCUCAUACAGGGAGUCACAACACUGGAUUAAAUAACAAGUGAAAUUAUAUCUGUGUGGAGACUUUAAGCUCCAGCAUACAUAGGUACAUAUAAAUUGUACAUAGUGACAAGUUAUGUUAAAUGAAUGCAUAUGUGAUUGGUCUUUGUUCGUUCAUUGUCACUGAGCUUUGUAUUUUUUUGUACAAGACAGUAAGCCGAGCCUUGGAUUGUUUCCAAGCCAUUGUGGCCCCCAUUGAGGUCAAUCUGCAGCACUGAAGACAGACUGGACUGAGAGAAGACAGCCAUUGAACGGUCUCUGAUGGGACUAAGUGUUGCGUUACCGUUCUAGUCCGUGUUACCUGAGAGCCCGCAGGUGCUUUGUUGUGCGACUGUGGCUGUUACAGAGGCUCUAUUGACUCUGUGUGUAAAGAGGGAAGGGCUGAAACCAAUGCACAAACUCUGUUUCCUGUGGUGGUGUUAUUUUUGUUUUGUACUGUGCAGAUUCAGUGUAAUGAAAUUGUUUUUAACUAUC